UGUGUUAUCCCUGUUUUUCAGAAACCCACUUUUUCAAGUCAAGAGAGUGAAGCAUUUAGCCUGAAUCAACUUCACCUGGACAUCCGUGAGGCAGACGAGAACAGAAAUACCUUUCCUGGGAUAAACUUCAGUACACUAAUGUUCGGUACACAAAAAACAAGUAUGGCAGAUGAUUAUGAGUAUAGUUUAGUGCAUCCAGCUGAUCUGAGGAUAGUUAUGGUGGGGAAGACUGGAUCAGGGAAGAGUUCAACAGGAAACACCAUCCUGGGGAAAAAGGGGUUCCAUUCUAAGUCAAGUCCAAAGCCAGUGACUGAAAUGUGUGAGAAACAAAGUGUAGUGGUGUAUGGGAAGAAGAUUGACGUCAUCGACACUCCUGGGGUCUGUGACAUAUUAUUGACAGAAACAGAUUUUAUUGAGAAAAUAAGGAAACAGAUUCGGGGACCAGAUAAAGCAGAAAUAGAGAGAUGCAUCAAGAUGUCAGUCCCAGGACCCCAUGUGUUCCUGCUGGUGAUCAAGCUGGGUAGAUACACAGAGGAGGAAAGAAAAGCAGUGAAGUACAUCCUGGACAACUUUGGAAAACAGGCCUCAAACUACACUAUAGUAUUAUUCACUGGUGUAGAUCAGCUGGAUGACACAUCAGUAGAGGAGUUUCUGAACGAGAGUCCGGAGCUUCAGACACUGGUCAGAGUCUGUGGAGGCAGAUAUCAUGCCUUCAACAACAGAGAGCUUGGAGACCGUACUCAGGUCAGAGAGCUGCUGGAGAAGAUAGAGGAGAUGGUGAAGAUCAACGGAUACUACACCAAUAAGAUGUAUGAGAAGGCUCAGACAGAGAUCAGGAACAGUCAGUUGAUAGAGUUGGGUAAACAAGGAGCUAUAACAGUUGGAUCCAUUACAGCAGUAGGAGUAGGUCUUAAUAAAGCCCCAACAAAAGUUCUUAUUGCAGCCCCAGUACAGGCUGCAGUUGUAGGGACAGUGAUAGUAGCAGUAGCAGCAGCAGCUAUAGGAGGAGGGGUGUCACAGCUUGUAACCAAGAGGGAAAACAACAAUUAACUACAGGGUUAGUGUCUGUAAAUAAGCCCUGAAGGACCAAAAUGAUUAUCGAUUUACGUUUGAUUUAUUCUUUAUCUGAUAUGGUUUGACCUUUACCCUCAUUUGGUCACUGCAUACUGCAUUUAACCACCAAAUGACUAAAUCAUUCAUUAAAGUUAUUAAGUUAAUUAUUGUAAGAGUUUUACUUCACAUAAAGGAAGGGUGAGCCAGUACAUCUGUACAACAUGGCUCUCAUACCUGAUGUGUUAAAGCAUCUCUGUAAUCAUGGUUAUAAUGUAAAGUAGUUUAAUCCCAUUUAUUUACUGUCUUUUGUUAUGUACUUUUAACAUGCUGUUAAGUAGUGAUGGGCACUGAUAUGGAACAUCUAUAUCGAUAUCAGUUUAAUAUUCUCUAACCUAACCAAGCAGUUUUAUUACAAUGUGAAGCCUGUUGAUGGCCAUCAGCAGGCAGUUAAGUAUGAGAAGGUAUUGUUCCUGUAGGAACAGUGAUGUAUGGUCUUUUACAUACAGUAAGGUUAACAGCAAGGAUAAGGCCUUGCUCAUAUUGAUAUCAUAUUGAAUUAUAGAUAUUGGUGCCCACCAUUACUGUCUUUCAAUACAUAAUAAUUCAUUUAUUUUAACUUUGUAAUACUUGUAGAUUAUUUACAAAAUUGAGAUAUGUAAGAUUUUAUUGAUUCAUUGAAACUGUCCUUGAUGUUGACCUGUAUUUGAUGAUAAAACAUUCCCAUAUUAAAUGGGAAAUCUGCAGUUGUUACAUCCAUUUUAAGACUUAUAAAUUAAUUAUAUGUACCAAUUGAUUCUUGAAGAAUAUAACUUACAAAUGUCUCAUGAGCUUAGUUCA